UAUAUUUACCCUGAUUUUUUUUUUUGAUUUUUCGUUCUCUUUCCCGUAGUAUGGUACAUGUAAUUAUCUGAGUGAACACAUAGUUCAUGUAAAUCUCAUUUUGAAUGUUAAGUUCACAUCAAAGCAGAAAAUGCGGUUAUAAGACCAAGGAUUUCUAUACAAAUCCUUGUUCUGAGUGCUGGUUAUUUAAACUAGCUUAAAACGUCAAAUAUAUAGAAUACCGAUCGAAAUUUGUAUCGUUUAUGACAGCUGUGGACGAAAAUAUAUCAGAAAAAUUCGAUAUGUAGACACAGAACCAUAGAAUGUCAAAAAUAUUGGAUUUGCCAUCAAAAAAGAUUUUUAUAAAAGACUUGCAACAAGCAGUGAAAUGUGUAGCAAGUAGCACAGAAAAUCAACAGAAAAGUAUAAAGGAAUGGCAGUCUAAGGGAAGAACAUUUAGUGUUGUGUGGGUUCAGGGAACAGUACUUCAGGUAUCUAAUGACUCAGACAUGAUGUUGGUAGAUGAUGGAACUGGGGUUGUAAAAGUAAUUGGUUGCUGUAAAAUACCUCAUAUGUCUGAAAAAUUGAAACAUGGACAGUAUGCUAUGGUUAUUGGACAGUUGAUGGCAGUAGGAAAUAUACCAGUAAUGAGAGCUCUUAAAUUCCAGAACUUAACAAACCACAUUGUCGACUUAGAAACAUGUUGGAUACUGGAAGUUCUGGAACAUAUUUUAAAUAAAGAAUAAAAAUAUUAUUUAUUACAAACAUUUUCAAAUGUGUUCUGUUUUACAAAUAAAUAUAUUUUUCUAAGCAAACAUGUAA